AUGCGUAAGUGCAAGAUCUUUGUCGGAUCAUCGCAUCCGGAGUUGGGCCAAUUGGUUUGCGAAAGAUUGGGCGUGGAACCAGCACCAUGCACGUUGAAGAAAUUUAGCAAUGGAGAAACCUCAGUUCAGAUUGGUGUCAGUGUCAGAGACGAGGAUGUGUACAUUAUCCAAAGUGGCUCAUCAAACAUAAAUGACCAUAUCAUGGAGCUUUUGAUUUUGAUUAGUGCCUGUCGUGGAGGCAGUGCCAACAAAAUCACAGCUGUUAUUCCUCAGUUUCCUUACAGCAAACAGAGUAAAAUGAAGAAGCACAGAGGUGCAAUCACAGCCAGGAUGUUGGCUAACUUAUUGGUCAUGGCUGGAGCUGAUCAUGUUGUCAGCAUGGACCUCCACGCCAGUCAGAUGCAAGGUUUCUUCACUGUUCCAGUCGACAACUUGUUUGGUGCACCAACAUUAGCAAGAUGGAUUCGCCACAAUAUAGAGGCAUGGGAGAGCUCAGUAGUGGUUUCGAAAAACCCUGGUGGAACCAAAAGAGUGACUGCUUUGGCCGAUAGUCUAAAGAUAAAUUUUGCAAUGAUUCACACUGAUAGAAGAAGAACACAAGAUGAGUAUGCCAAGAAGAAGGCCUUGAAAAGGGCAAAGAUUGUCAACGAUGACGGCGCUGAAGCAUAUGAGGAGGACAACAUUGUCAAUGAGUUGCAAACCGCAAGAAUUGUUCAAGGUCACGUUGUCGAUGAUGAUUAUCAAUGCAAAGAUGUUGAGUCAAAAGUCACUCAUGAGGGCACCGGUGGUGACCAUUUGACGAAACCAAAUAUCAUCGAUAGUGACGUUUUAGGUGGGUCCUACGACGCGGCCAAUUCCGAUGACGAGGACGAGCCAUUAGUUGAAGAGAAGUUAAUCACUUUGGUGGGUGAUGUCAAAGACAAGGUUGCCAUUAUAUUAGACGAUAUGAUUGACAAGCCAAAUUCAUUUAUUGCCGCAGCUGAGCAUUUGAGGUUAAACUGUGGGGCCAAGGCCGUUUAUGUAGUUGGCACGCACGGAGUGUUUACCGACUCGUGCUUGGAACGGUUGACGGACUCAAAGUGCAUUGAUAAGAUUGUUGUUACAAAUACGUAUCCUAUUCCCAAGGAACAAAUUGAACAACACAAGGAUAAGCUUGUGGUUAUUGAUGUUUCACCAAUAUUUGCCGAAUGUAUUAGAAGAGAUCACUUUGGGGAGUCUAUUUCGGUUCUAUUUGACUCCUUGGCGGCUAUAGAUUAG